AUGGGAGUAGGAGCGUUCCUCGAGCCUCUGACGGUCAUCGUCCUUCUCUUUGGAGGUACCUGGAUCAACCGAACAACAGGAUCGUUCCCUGCACGCAGAACCCGCCGCAGAUCCAGCAUCCCUUCACGUGGCAGCUCUCCGGAUGCGACAGAGUCCGGACUGUCCACACCAACCGCAAAGGACGGCCUGUUGUCUCGUCGCUUGUCCUCAUCUUCAUCGGCACUCUUACAAGAUGGCCAGAGUCGGUGGCGCAAGAGGCAGUUGGGGAUCUUUUCGUCGACCUUGGAGGUCACCUCUCCAAACACCAUCGUCUUCCAAGAUCGCCUGCUUAGUCGCCUCCUACGCAAGUUCCCUUUCUUAGUCGAAUGCUGGUACUGGGCGUUAGUGUACUGGACAUACCAAUUAGGUCGAGCUUUUACUGCCGUUACGCUGCAAGAAGGCACCGUCGACGUGGCGAGGAAACAUGCGCUACAGCUGAUACAGGUUGAAGAGGCGCUGGGACUAUUCUUGGAGGUUCCUAUACAGCGGUUCUUCCUCCGGCACACCAGACUCAUGAUGUGGACAAACUGGAUCUACUCCUUCAUUCAUAUCCCGGGAACCAUUGCCUUCCUCGUUUGGCUCUACUACUACACGACCACUAGAAACCGAUACGAUGAAUCUCAGCCUGGCAAGCCUCGUGGAUUCAUGAGUGGCUCGCCCGCAGGCCCGCGCCUCUAUCAAGCUCGUCGUCGAACACUUGCCGUGUGCAAUCUGCUUGCGUUCGUGGUGUUUACUUUGUGGCCCUGCAUGCCACCUCGACUGUUGAGCGACAAGGACGCGCAGGGUCCUGAUGCAGCUCGGGGUCGUAGCUAUGGAUUUGUGGAUACGGUGCAUGGCGUCAACGGUGCAGGCAGCGUUUGGACCGAAAACCGCUUCUGCAACCAGUACGCCGCCAUGCCCUCCUUGCAUUUCGGCUACUCUCUGAUGAUUGGUCUCACGAUCAUGACCAUACCGCUGCCGCCACAUCAUCGUCGGCGCUCGCGCAUCGCGAUUGGCCCUGUCGGGCUGCAGGUUCCGUCAUGGCGCCGACUCGUCUGCCUGGCCAUGGGCUUUGCUUAUCCAUUUGUCAUCCUGGCCGCCAUUGUCGCGACUGCCAACCAUUUCAUUCUGGACGCCGUGGCCGGUGCCACGGUGUGUGCUCUUGGGUGGAAAUUCAACGGCAUCCUGCUGAACCUGCUUCCCCUGGAAGACUACUUCCUCUGGGCUCUUCGUAUCCAUAAACCGGUGCCGGCCGCAAUGGAAGAAUUCGAAGGGGCUGAUGGGUGGACUGAUGAUGAGGGAUUGCCUGAACAUACUUCCCUUCCUUGGUGA